UUUGAAGCUGGUUCUCCUUUUUCGGUCCAUUAUUUUGAUUGCUCUUUUGUUUCUGGUGUAGAGUGAUGGAUCCACGUUUCAACCAUGGUUAUGAAACAGAGCAAAAAGUUUGGCUCUAUUUCUGUGAAACAUUACCAAACGCUCGAUGAUGGAAAGAUCUUCACGACGCUGUUUCUAUUCCAUUGUGAGCAAACGCGGCAACCAUCUUGCGCACAGUUUGCUCAGGACCAAAUUUUCAAUUAAUACGCGAUGUACCGCACUUUUUGAAAUGGCUACGAUGUCUGCUAGCUCGCCCACUUUCAGUCGACCAUCUUCCAAUACCGAUUAGUGGAUUUUUUAUCUUGGCGGUCGUACGGCCUCGUUUAAACUCUCCUACCCAAUAUUUUACUGUUAAUAACGAAGAAGCAAUUUUAUCCAGAGUAGAAUUUAGUUCAGCUUUUAUACACAUAACGAUGACCAAUUUUUACAAAUUUGCCGAAAACUUUCACUAUUGACGACUGCCAAACAACAUACUAAACAACGUGGCGUUUUCAAACUUGAAACGUAUGCUAUAUAGAUUGUGUGCUUUCUCUAGGUCAGGCCAGGUAUUUCUGGAACCAUCCUCCUUUGAGCGUCGCUAAUCUCUAUUUGGAGAAAACUUAAGAGGAAAUAUUUUUAAUUCCUCCAGUAUGAAUGGCUCAAUCAAAAGCCACAAAUUGUAAGGGAAAGUAAAUAUAUCAUUGUCGUGAAAAAGUUCUCUAUUUUGAAUGAGGUUUCAUUUCAUGUGACUUCGAAAAUUCAUUUUGAAAGUUUCUAUUGUCCACUUCAAUUGUUGAAUAGUGUAUACUCUUUAUUAAUUUAAUGCAGGCACCUGUUUUUUACACAUCGCUAAUUUUCGAAUAAAGAGUACGUUCAAUGUUAAAAAAAUUUAGUAAUCAGGUGGAUACGCGCCAGUUCAGUUUAUUAUACAUAUACAUGCAAUAAAUAGUAGCACUGCGCUUUCUUUAUUUGCGUUUGUCCAUUCCGACAUGUACCGAUAUGUACAGAGAAUAUGAAAACGGGAAAUUUAUGAAUUUUCACUACAAUUCUCCUCGUCCACCGGAAUAUAUAAAAAAAUUUAAACCGGUAAACAUGUGGACGUACAGAUUAAAAAUAGUUUUGAAGAAUUUGGACAUUUGGAAUACUUUUAAAUCCACAUCAUGCCAGACAAUAUUAAAUUACAUAUCCACGACAUUGUGCACCAUAUCCAUGGCAUUAGGAUUAGGAAAUUUAUACAGGUUACCACAAACGACAAUGAUACGGGGUGGUUUACCGUUUCUAAUAGCUCAUCUUAUACUAACGAUUUUUAUUGGAUUGCCACUGAUUUUUUUAGAAUUGGGAAUGGGACAAUUGGCAGAAGAAGGAUUUAUAAAAUCCUGGAGAGUCAUACCAUUUUUUAGGGGAAUUGGUUACGUGAAAUUUCUAGCAGGAUAUUUGUUAAGUAUUUAUUAUCCGCUGUAUAUGGGUUUGUCUCUUUAUUACGUAAUAUGGAUAUGGAAAGGAUCAAUUCCACUACAAGAAUGUUCUAGUGGCGUUAAAAUAACAGAGGAUGGAUACUCAUUUUAUGGAAAAAAUGGACAACAAUGUUUGCGGUCCACUUUUUUGAAAUCCAUAUUUGAAGACCCUUAUUGGUUUGGAAUAUUUGCAAUGAUAUUAUUUGUAAUUUGGAUAUUAUCAACCAUUCUGAUAAUUGGUAAAACGAAAGGAUACAUAAGAUCGCUGAUAAUGCUAUUUUUUCCAACGGUAGGAUGUCUUAUUGCAUUACUCGCAAAUUCUGUGAUGAAUCAAACUGAAUUGGCGAAUUUUUUCAUCGAUGCCGACUGGAGUUUACUGGAAAGUCCUAAUGUUUGGUAUUAUGCUAUUGUACAAGUAUUUUUUUCAUCUACAGUUGGAUUUGGAUCGUUCGUUACAAAUGCUGGCAUUAUUUAUAAUAAAGUAAAUCCAUUUUGGACUGCCUUUGGAUAUUGCGCAAUAAAUACAAUAUUCGGAAUCGGCUCUACUGUCAUAUCUCAAUCUCUAUCCAAUCACACCAGGGUGAAUGUGACACCAACUGAAGGUGAUGUGGCUGAAAUUUUGUUGGUUUCUCUUAUAUACGAUAUGGGAAGUGCAAGCACUGCAAGUGACAAAAAAAUCUGGACAAUUCUCAUAUUUGUGUUAUUUAUAUUGGCCGGACUUAUUAGUAUGGCUACUCUAUCUUACACGUUAUUAAAAGCUAUAACUGUUGGAAGUAGGGCAAGAUUAGGUUGGUGGCAAGCCAGUUUACUUCUUAGCAUUUCAGGAUUUAUUUUUGGUUGCCUGAUACUUCUGAAAACGGAAUUUGAUAUUGUACAUUUACUGGAUCAUUACAUUGUUGGAAACUUUAUUCUCAUCACAUCUAUUUUAGAAGUACUCACAUUAUUAACAUUUUACGGGGCGGAGCGAAUAAGAUCGGACUUUGAAUUUAUGCUCGGCCACAUACUAUCCCGUUUUUGGUUAAUCUUAUGGUGGAUAAGCCCCAUGGUGAUGACAGGUUUAUUUGCAUGGGGCAUGACUACGUUACCUCUUGAAGGUAUUUUUAAGGAUGAUGCUGUAUGGGUUUAUGGAAUUGGAUGGGGAGUGGUAUUAACAGCUACACUAUUAAUAUUUGUGAUUGGAAUCUACGUGGUAUGUAAACAAGAUGGAUACACAUUUAUAGAGAGAUUUAAAACUUCUUUGAAACCGUCCAAGAAUUGGGGACCGAAAGAUCCAAUAUCGAGACAUAAUUGGAUCCAGUGGAAUAGUAAAACUCAGUCCGGAGAAAGAGAUUUUACUUUGAAAAGAAAAGGUACAAAGGACUAUACGAAAUCGAUUAAAAGGAAUAAAAAGUUGAUGAUUGCUGAUAAAAUAAAUGAAAAAGGAUUGUACACAGAAAAUAAACAACAACAAAUUAUCGGGAAAAAUAACAUAUACGCAGAAUUGAAUCAAGCUAGAAAUGGCAAACCAAUAGAAAAUAGAAAUGGACAAUUCAAAGUGAUUUCCCUUACAGAUUCUUUAGAUUCCUCUGCAACAUAUUAUACAGAUAAAAGGAUACCUAGGAAUCCUUUGGCAAGGAGAGAAUUUACAAUAAAUGGUGCCCAACCAGAUGAAUAUGGAACCUUUAGAAAAGGUCCGUAUAUUAUACAAAAUAAUGUAGGUGUUGAUCACGUUUGUCUUAGAAAAUUGAGUGAUAAUGAAGAUGCCACAGAUUUAUAGAUAUAUUUAACUUGUAUAUUAAAUUUUUCUAUUUU